GGCCGCUUCCAAAUUUGCAGCCCUUGUACUUUGAAGGCCAGCGAUCUCCAAAUUUGGUCUACUGAAGUUUUCUUCAUCUCUACAUGGCGAAAAGAAAGCGAGAAACAGAGCCUCCGGAGAAUGCUACACGCAACAACGGUGUUGCUAAUUCAGCAAAACUCCCCAAAACCAACGGUCAUGUCGACGUGAAGACCACCAGUCCAGUCAUACAGAUCAUUGCAGGUUCAUACGAACGGGUACUGCACGGCAUUACCGCAUCCGUCUCCAAUGUUUCCUCUUCAGAACCAGCGCCGUCGGUUAAGUUUGCAGACACAUUUCUCUUCAACGCCCACGCCUCUGCCGUUCGAUGUCUGGCAUUAUCACCACUUCCGGAGCCUGACUCGUCUGAGGCGCAGAGUGUAUUCCUUGCGACCGGUGGCUCUGACGAGAAGAUCAACGUAUACAGUCUUUCCGCAUCUCCCGUUUCUGAACAUGACAAGACUCCUGCCAUGCCCUCGCUGGGCAACAAUAUGAUAUCAGAGAAUCCCCGAAAUAGGGAGUUAGGAACUCUUCUUCAGCAUACAUCAAAUAUUACGACAUUACACUUUCCCACGCGAUCAAAGCUCCUUGCAGGCUCCGAAGACAACUCCAUCUCUGUUACCAGACUUCGAGAUCUUUCCGUGGUAUCGACGAUUAAAGCACCUCGUCCGAAAGUCCAAGGCCAGCCAAGCGGAGACACGGCACCGCCUGGUGCGACACCGGCUGGGGUCAACGAUUUUGCUGUACAUCCCAGCUUGAAGCUUAUGGUUAGCGUGGGCCGUGGUGAGAGAUGCAUGCGCUUAUGGAAUCUCGUGACUGGCAAGAAGGCCGGUGUUCUCAACUUCAGCCGUGAGGUCCUGCAAAGUGUGAAGGAGAGCAAGUACAGCAGCGGUGAAGGGCGGAGAAUACGAUGGAGUCCUGAUGGAAGUGAGUUCGCUGUAUCGUUCGAGCGAGGCGCUGUUGUUUUCGGCGAAGACUCCAAAGCGAGAUGCAAGGUCCUUCCACAACCCUUGACCAAGUUGCAUCAGAUUUCCUACUUGUCCUUGCCAGACGAUUCAGGCAGAGAAGUGACUCUACUGGCAGUAUCGACAGAGGAUGGACGGAUAUUGUUCUAUCACACUGACAAGAUCUCACCUGUUCCGACCGACAAUGGCAAUGCAAAGAAAGAGUCGAUUCUCGAAGCUAGCUGUCGCGCCCAAGUAGGUGGGAAGAGUGCCGGCAUGAGCGGUCGCAUCAAAGAUUUUGAGCUUCUGUUCUCAAAAGAUAAUUUGGGAAAGAGCGAAAGUCUGUACAUUGUCGCAGCGAGCAGCGACGGAACGAUCCGACUCGUCCAUCUUCCGCUUUCCGAUCUUCGCAAUGCCGUCGCCAAAGGCAGCAAGGCGGCACAAUUGGGUACUGUCAUCGGAUCAUAUUCGACGGGAAACAGGAUCACCUGUAUGAAAGCAUUUGUAAUGCUGCCACCGCCAGACGAAGAUGAAGACAUAGAGGCGGAAGGAGAUGAGUUUGAAGGCUUUGAGGAAGAGAGCGAUGAGAGUGAAAGCGAUGACGAGUGAAAAGACUAGUCAUAGGACCAAAAGACUUUCAGAUAGCGUGAUUCAUGGCCGAAUAUCAUGGACAUGCUGAUUUCGGUAUGAAUGGGUUGUGAAAAGCCUGACAGUC